AGCUUAAAGAAAUAUGUGAAUUGACAGGAAUUGAUCAGUCAGUUCUGGAAAGAGCUUUUAGCUUCCGCACUGUUGAAGCCAAGCAGGAGAAAGUAUCUACAACUUUAAAUGUAGCUCAGGCUUAUUAUGCUCGGGAUGCUCUGGCAAAGAAUCUUUACAGUAGACUGUUUUGUUGGCUUGUUACCAGAAUCAAUGAAAGCAUUAAGGCACAGUCCAAAGUAAGGAAGAAAGUAAUGGGGGUUUUGGACAUCUAUGGCUUUGAAAUUUUUGAGGAUAACAGUUUUGAACAGUUUAUUAUUAACUACUGCAAUGAGAAACUGCAGCAGAUCUUCAUUGAGCUUACUCUAAAGGAAGAACAAGAAGAAUAUAUAAGAGAGGGUAUUGAAUGGACUCACAUUGAAUACUUCAACAACGCUAUAAUUUGUGAUCUUAUAGAGAAUCAUCAGAAUGGAAUCCUAGCUAUGCUAGAUGAAGAAUGUCUGCGGCCAGGGGCUGUUACUGAUGAAACCUUCUUAGACAAAUUAAACCAGGUCUGUGCUACUCACCAACACUUUGAAAGCAGGAUGAGCAAAUGUUCACGUUUCUUGAACGAUACUUCCCUCCCACACUGUUGCUUCAGAAUUCAACAUUAUGCUGGCAAGGUGAUGUAUCAGGUAGAAGGGUUUGUGGACAAGAAUAAUGACCUGCUUUACCGUGAUCUGUCUCAAGCUAUGUGGAAGGCCAACCACUCCCUCAUUAAAGCACUAUUUCCAGAAGGAAACCCUGUCAAGAUUAAUUUAAAGAGGCCACCAACAGCAGGUUCCCAGUUCAAAGUUUCUGUGGCAACAUUGAUGAGGAACUUGCAAACAAAAAAUCCCAAUUACAUCAGAUGUAUUAAACCUAAUGACCAAAAAGCAGCACACAUCUUCAGUGAUGCUCUUGUGUGCCAUCAAGUUCGAUAUUUAGGUCUGAUGGAAAAUGUCCGAGUCAGAAGGGCAGGAUAUGCAUUCCGUCAAACUUAUGAGCCUUGCCUGGAAAGAUACAAAAUGCUUUGCAAGCAGACCUGGCCACAAUGGAGAGGCCCUGCAAGAUUGCCAAAUACAUCUGGAGUAAAGGCUAAGCUCUUCAAAUUAGAAGACUUAAGAAAGCAACGUCUUGAGGAUUUGGCUACAUUAAUCCAAAAAAUUUACAGGGGCUGGAAGUGCCGCACGUAUUUCCUUCUAAUGAAAAAAAGUCAGAUUGUGAUUUCUGCCUGGUAUAGAAAAUAUGCGCAACAAAAGAAGUACCGGCAGAUCAAGCGCUCUGCUAUCAUUGUACAGUCUUACAUCAGAGGAUGGAAAGCUCGGAGGGAGUUGAAACGCUUGAAGGAGAAGGCUAGGCGUAAGCAUGCUGUGGCAGUCAUAUGGGCUUACUGGCUUGGACUAAAGGUUCGUAGAGAGUACAGGAAAUUUUUCCGAGCCAACGCUGGAAGGAAAAUUUAUGAAUUUAUACUUCAAAAAAUUAUUCAGAAAUACCAUAGGAAAAGAGCAAGCCAGUUUCAAUUUUGUGAUUCAUUUGCAAUGCUUUAUUUCCAGUGUAAAAAGUACAGGGAUCAGUUUACAGACCAAAAGAAGCUCAUUUAUGAAGAAAAACUGGAAGCUAGUGAACUUUUCAAGGACAGAAAAGCUUUAUAUCCAGCCAGAUUGUCACUGUCAAGCCAUUACCAGUUUAAAGAUCAUCAACAUCCUUCCUUGAGAAUAUACAGUAAAUUAAUUAAUUAG